UUUUUAACUCUCUUCCUCUGUCUCUCUUCCAUUGAAACCACCACCACCUCCACCUCCACCGUCCUACAAAACUCAAACAAACUACCCCUGCUUCACUGCCCAUCAACCCACCACUGCCAAAACAAAACUCACAAAUGACCAACAAAAACCCAGCAAAAUCAGACCCAUAAAUGAACAAUUCGCACCAUAAAUGAACAAAACCCAUAAACCGAUCUCUGCGCCGAUCUCCACACCCAAUACCCAAUAGAAUAAUGGUGUCCAAGAUCUGCAAGAGGACCCCACCAACAAAGUGCAUCAAAGACUGCCGGAUCCUUCCCCGGCGGCACCGCCGGAAAACCCCUGAGAAUAAGAACGUAGCGGCGGCGUCUGCCACAGUUUUAGCAUCCAUCAACAAGUCCAUAUUCACGUGUCAGCGCCGCCUCAUCAGGCUCUUCUCCAAGUUAGCCCGCAUCGGCACCCCGAAUCGCCACAAGGGCUUCAAGAUCCUCAAGAAAAUCCCACAAGACGAAUCCGAAUUCGAACCAGAAACCGAAAACACAGUCCAAAGAACCCUCAUUUUCGACAGUAGCGACAACAGGAAAAACAGCAUUCUCCCACCGAUGAUCUUGCCUAAGAGAACGGUGUUUCUUGAUUUAGACGAGAAAUUGAUCCAUUCCAAGGCAGACCCACCACCGGAACGUUUCGAUUUCGUGGUGAGGCUGAGGAUUGAGGGAGAAUUCAUGAAUUUCUACAUGCUGAAACGGCCGAGUACACCAUGGCUAUGGGGUUGAGUCUGAAGAGAGGAUAGCUGAAUGAGAGAGAAGGAAGAUAGAGAAAAGAAAAGGAAAUAAUGAGAGAGAGAGAGGAGAGAGACAAUUAAAAAAUAAUUUUUAGAAAUAAGAUUGUGCUACAGUAGCAUCUUAUUAGUAAGAUACUACUGUAGCACAAUUGUAAAAAUUUUUACAAUUCUGAAUG